UUCUCUUGUGGACCUAUUGAUUCAAACUCAGAUGCCUUCCAUGGCUCCUUAUCACAUCCGCAAAUAUCAGGAGAGGGAUGAUGAGUGUGUCCGGGACUUGUACUCCAAGGGGAUGGCAGAGCAUGUCCCCACUGCCUUCUGCCACAUCCUGAAGCUGCCUCGAACCCUUGUGCUCUUGCUUGGAGCCCCCGUCACUGUUUUACUGCUUACUGGCUCCUGGCUACUACCUCUCUUGGUUACCCUGACAGUUUUAACUGCUCUGCUGUUUGUAGCCAAAUAUCCCUGGAUGAAUUUAGUAGCUGUGGCUUUUAACACAGACAUGUCAGACAUCACCAAGAACUAUUUCAGUGAGCGUGGCUCCUGCUUCUGGGUGGCAGAGUCUGAGGGGCAGGUGGUGGGCAUGGUGGGUGCUCUGCCCAUGAAGGACCCAGCCCUGAGGGAGAAGACGUUAGAGCUCCUUCACCUGUGUGUCUCCUCACAGCACCGAGGUCAGGGCAUAGCCAAAGCUCUGAUCAGGACUGUCCUGCAGUUUGGACAGGACCAGGGCUACAGUGCAGUUGUCCUCGACACCAGCGUGCUACAGCAGUCUGCCCUGGGCCUCUACCAGAGCAUGGGCUUCCAGAAAAAGGGCCGGUUCUUCUUUUCCUUCAGCAUGAGGCUUGCUGCUAUUGAUUCUGUGCUAUUUCAAUACCGCAUUCCCUCUGUUCAGGACUCCAAGUUGCUGAGGCAGAGAAAGGACCUGUGAUAUUUAAAUUGUGGAUUAGUCAAGAUGGGAUGGACUCUGCUACUAUGCCAGGCAGACCUGAAAUCUCAUGUGAUAGCAC